AUUGUUAUUAAAUGCUCUGUGGUCAUAUAUACCCAGAGCUACGUAAAUAUGAGAAAAUAAAAUAAAUGGUUUUAGUUUAUACCUGGGUCUUUCCUGAAUAUCCUUUUGAAGUGAAACAUCAAGGAGUAGAUAAUUUUUAAAGUUGAUAUAGAUCAUUAGUGUUCCAUCAGUUCAUUGUUACAAACAUUUGAUCACUCUUGUUGUGGCACAGUGACGGUUUAUAAAUACCAUUCGACGUAUUAUUUUAGUGCAUUGCAUACAGAUUUAGUGUAAUUCAAGGCCGUACGAUGAAUCUUUCAGACCCUUCUGAUGAAGACAGCAGCAGUGAUGAGAGCACCAAAAUACCAGCGAAGCGAUCUCGAGCUGACACAUAUGGAGCAUCAUCUACCACAUCCCAUGGCUCUGCUCUUCAAGAAUCAGACAAGGAUAGUCCAGACACACCAGUUUUUGACAGUUAUGGAGGUGAUUUUCAACAACCAGGGAAAACAAGGCAAAGUUAUGGUGAUCAAAGUCCUGAAGAGAAUAUAAGGUUAAGCAGAAGUAGUUUAAGUGAAAAUUGUUCAUCACCAAAUGAUAAUCAAUAUGAUGACUAUCGGCCAGUAUUUGAUGAAGCAGAAGGGGGCGAAGAAUCUGGGCGUCCUAGCUUCAUGGAUUCUGGAGAUGCUUUCUACAAUAAAAAUAAUGAACCUAACAAAAAUUUUGAGGACGCAUACAGUGUAAAGUAUUCAGAAAAAUCCAAACGAAUGAUGAUGAAUAUGGGUUUUAAACCAGGAAAAGGUUUAGGUAAAUUUGAACAUGGUAGAACACAACCUGUAGAGGCAUCUGCUCAAAAAGGUCGUAGAGGUUUGGGAGCUAAACCAUCAGCUGUAGGAGCUUUACCGGAAGAUAUCAAAGUAGUAACAGAGGACUCCAAGCCAGAAGCAAGGGAACAAGUGUUAUGGCUUGAUCCAGCCCCAGACGAACCAUUAUCUGGUGAUCUGUUGGAACAAUGGUUACGAAGAGGUACCAAAAAGACUACUAUUGAUGAUGAAACACAUUUUGUUGACCCAGCUAUUUUAAAAGGUGUAUUGGAUUCUAAGUCCAUUUUUGACAGUUUAGAUGAUGAAGAUUUACGUCAUGCAAGGUAUCGAAGUAACCCAUAUGAGACCAUUGGCUCUGUAAUCUUUUUGAACAGAGCUGCAGUGAAGAUGGCCAACAUUGAUGCUGUAUUUGAUUUUAAUUUCACUAACCCUAAAAAACAAAAUGGAGAAGACGCUGUUGAUAACAAAGAAAUCCUAUAUUUUGCUGAUGUAUGUGCUGGUCCAGGAGGAUUCUCAGAAUAUGUCUUGUACCGGAAAGGUUGGAGAGCAAAAGGUUUUGGUUUCACAUUAAAAGGGCCAAAUGACUUUAAGUUAUCAGAUUUUUAUGCUGGAUCACCUGAAACCUUCAACCCUUAUUAUGGGGUAAAAAAUGAUGGCAAUAUAUUUGAUCCCGCAAAUUUAAUAUCAUUGAAGGAGCAUGUAUUAAAGCAAACUGAUGACAAAGGAGUACAUUUUCUUAUGGCUGAUGGUGGCUUUUCAGUGCAAGGCCAAGAAAAUAUACAAGAAAUAUUGUCAAAGCAGCUCUACCUAUGCCAGUGUCUAGCAGCAUUGAUGCUUGUGAGGACUGGUGGCCAUUUUGUGGUGAAACUCUUUGAUGUGUUCACACUGUUUAGCGUUGGCUUGAUUUAUAUAUUGUACAGAUGCUUUGAUAAAGUUUGCAUUCACAAGCCUGUGACGUCAAGACCUGCUAAUUCCGAGCGGUACCUUGUAUGUUUGUGGAAGAGGUUGGGCACAGAACCAGCAGAACAGCACCUUGCGUCUGUUAACUCAAUAUUAUGGAGCGACGUCGAAAGGGGCGGCGACGUCACGCAACUUGUACCUUUAAGUGUACUAGAAGAAGAUAAAAACUUCUUUGAAUACAUUUAUAAAAGCAAUUGCCUACUUGGUGAAAGACAAAUUCAAAAUUUACUUAAGAUAGCUAAGUAUAGUAAAGAUAAAAAUUUAAAAGAAACCACUCAAGCCGAAAUGAAAGAGCAGUGUUUGGCGUUGUGGAAAUUGCCGGAUGCAGUAAGAAUGCAGCCAGAACGUAGAGGACAUGACGACACAUUAACAGCUAUCAGAUCUAUGAUAAAAAGACCAGGAUCUGAUUCCGAAAGCUUGUACUUUUUUAAAGCAAACAUAUUAAACAAAGCGCCCAGCUAUUUAGAGAAACCAUCGGAACUAAAGACGUAUUUUAAAAAUGUAUUAGACUGGCAUUUUGUAUUUUUGAGCAGCGGGAAAAAUAGUCCUGAUUUAAGAAUAUUUAUAGGAUGCGGCGGUAAACAAGUUUUUCAAUUGGAAUCAAAUUCGUGGAGGACAGUCGUAGAUUUACAUUUGACGUUACCGGCCAAAACACUCAUAUAUGGUGAAGUUGUUAAAGAAUAUCGGGGACAGGGAAACAAUCAAAUUUAUAGCAAGUCCUUGCACAUUAUUGAUGCUUUAAUGUUAGGUGGAAUUGAUAUUUCAGGAGACUCUUUAACUGAAAGGAUAAAUCAAUGUAACCUAUUUUGUUCAGCUUUAAAUAAACCAUUUGAUACUCAAGCUCUUCAAAUAAGAACAAAGAGGCUAUACAGUAUGGAUCAAUUUGAAACAGCCGUUAAUAAUUUGGAGUAUCGCGCAAUGAAACGAGUGAAAAGAGCAAUAACUAUAAACACGCCUGAUAGAAUAAACAGGAAUGAAAUGUUUUAUGUAGUCGGAUCUGUUUUAUUCCUAAAAGAAGUAAAAGAACCUUGGAUUGCGGUGAUAUCGAAGAGCAGUGGUCGUAAAUACUAUUUCAGCAUGGGUAGGGAUGGUAAGCGAAAUAGUGAGUACGAAAUACCACCAGGCGCCAAGAUGGAUAUGUUGAGUGCGCACACACGACGUGUUAUGUGGCCUUGGGAGCCAUCAGCCAGUGCUAUAUUUGAUAGCCAAACUAAAGACAGUGUCACACGAGCGGACAUGGAGGAAUAUAUUGCAAGUGUGUUGAAUAAAUAAAUUAUAAAUAACACAACUUUGAAGCCCGAUUCACAGUGCAGAAAGGUGUUAAUAUAGGGUAUCGGAAUACUUUGUUAUUUAAUUAUUAAGCUUUAAAUGAACAUGAAUUCUUUAUCAAUUAUUUUAAAAUAACGGUAAUAAUAUUAACGAUUCCCGUUUUUCACACGCAGACAUUGGUCUCUAAUCAAGUUAAAAACAGUGAUUCAGUGAUACUUUUCUUUUUUAUAAGUCGGUAAACGAGCAGACUGAUCACUUGAUGGUAAGCAAUCGCCGCCGCCCAUGGACACCCGAAACACCAGAGGCGUUAUAAGUGCAUUGUCGACCUUUUGGUGGUUAGGAAUUUAAGGGUAAAUGGGGAAUUGGGGAGGGGGUAAUGGGCCAUCCUCACUCACACAACGCAAGCGUUGUUUCACGUCGGAUGUGAGGUCGUGGUAUCACUCCGGUCGAACCGGUCCAUUCAUGCCGAAGCAUGGCUCUCCCACACUUAGUGAUACUUUACUUUUAUGAUUCGGAAUAAAAUAAUCUUUGUAAAUUUCUGUUGUAUUAAAUGAUUUUAAUGUUUAAGUAAUUUGUUUAUCGAAGAUGUAAUAAUAUCCAGGCACACCUUUCCUUCAUAGGCAUUGGCAAAAACUAUAAAACUAUUUCUUGUAUUAUUCUUGAGAUACCAUCACAUAUUUGUAUUUAGCCAUAAAUACUCGCUGGUUUAUACUAUUCUGUCUUACCUUAUAUGAGAACUUCAUUGAUGAGGUCAAUUUAUGUGAUCCAGUGUGGUGUGCUACUUGCCUAUAGAGGUUUUGUAAUCCUAUUUUUUUACCCUUCGUUUAGUCACUAAAUCUUCUACUUUAUAUUUUCCUUAUCAAGUCAUUCUUUUCUCUUAUCAGUAAAAAACUUUUCUAAGAACACAAAAAAGUAAUAGUACCUAUUUCAAAAGUUACUUCGUACUUACAUAAGCGAACCUUAUAGAUAUGUAACUGACGGUUUUUGUCCAUUCAAUUCAAUUUGAUUAUUAGUAAGAAAGAAUACAUAAAACAAAUAAAAUAGUAAGAAUCUAAAAUAUUUUUGGGACUUGUUUUGAAAUGAAAUGUUUUAAAUAAAUUUUUGGCCUUUUAUUUCUAUUUUUUGUCUAAAUAUGACAAAUCAAAUGCUAAACCUGCCUAUAUACUUAUUAUGUACUUAUGAGUAUGAUUAAAGUUGGUUAUUUAAAUUUAA